CCUUAUGAAGCCAUCCAGCGUCGAGCAAGACAAGACCGGACCACUGUAAAUUGGCUAUUCAAUGACUUCAACUUGCCGACCGCCGGAAACAUGGCUAUACAAACGGACGUAGCGAUCGUCUUCGUAAACUCCGACUCUGGUGAACGAUACAUUACUUUCGACGGGAACGAGGGCGAUCGCAAGAACCUCACUGCGUGGCAUAAUGGUGACGCGUUGAUAGCUGCUGUCGCAGCUCAAAAUGACAAUACCAUUGUUGUGGUGCAUUCCGUGGGACCGCUUAUCAUUGAACCUUGGAUUGAACAUCCGAAUGUCAGUGCGGUUGUAUGGGCUGGUCUUGGUGGACCUGAGACCGGUAACGCACUUGUUGAUGUGCUUUAUGGCGACGUGAACCCGUCGGCGCGCCUUGCGUAUACUAUUGCGAAGAACGCGAGCGAUUAUGGAGCGCAACUCAUUCUUGGAGGUGGUGGGAAUACGAUCUUGCAAAUCCCAUACAACGAUAAACUCCUAAUUGAUUACCGCUUCUUCGACGCGAAUAACAUUGAGCCGCGAUUCGAAUUCGGGUUUGGGUUGAGUUACACGACGUUUGCGUAUUCCAAUCUUCAUGUGUCAGAAGUCCAAGGGGAAUUUGCUUCGGCGAGUGUGAGCAAUGCGUGGAAAGGUGGUAACCCGGGUCCAGGUGGAGAAGGCUCAUCGGUUGCUUUAUGGCUUCAUGAGCCCGCGUAUAAGGUGACGUUUACGGUCAGGAACACUGGAGGCGUUGCUGGGACUGAGGUGAGGAGUUGUUCUGUUUAA